AUGGCAUCGCAUGACAAGGACGACGUCCUCCUCGGCGCGGACCAUAUCGAAACGCAUGCCUCUGCAACCCGCCGGCGCCACGAAGAGUCUCAGCCCUUUCGCGCACAUGCAGCUCCGCGACAACCAGUCGAGAGGAAUGACAGCAAAGGCCUUGCCGACUUCCUCAACUCAACUCGAAUGGAGCCUCCUCAGACUACAGGCUCUGGGGGAUUGAAGUCGAAGCCUAUUGUGAUCCCCAGCAACGUUCAUGAUGGAGGAGACAAGACGACCACCGGCACACAGAACCCUGGCGCAGGAGGCAAUAGUGCACAGUAUACCCACGGCAGUUUGCAGGUCAAGUGUGGCCCCCUCCUUAAUUACAGGCGCAUGGAGAACGAGACCUGGUUCGGCAGUGUCUUGGUCGUUACGGAGGGGGGAGGCAUGGCAGAUGCUCCCGAGGUUCCUGAGUUAAAGCUGAGGGUUGCGCCUGCUGAGCGGAGAGGGCACAUUGCUGGCGCGGAUGUUGGGACGGAUGAGAUUCGUGAAGAUACCUCGCACGGAACUGUAAACGGCGUUGACCACAGCAGCUUUCAGCAACCUCAAGCGCCACAGGCCAGUGCGCAUAGUAACGGGGUCAGCGGAACCAAUGGCAACGGGGUCUCCUCGAAGGAUGUCAAGGUCAAGGGAACCAAGCUAUACUCCGAUUCCCGCAACACCUUUUGGCGAUUUGACUUGGAAGUGCCCAUGCAGCAGGAAGAGCUGAAAAUCGACUACGAGAUUCCAAGUCUUCGUUUCGGAUCAGAGGGUAAAAGGGACAAGCAGAGCUUCUUUAUCCCGGCGAUCCCAGAAUCGAUGAGAAUCAUGUUUCAUUCUUGCAACGGCUUCAGUGUUGGUACGGAUGAGGAUGCGUACUCCGGUGCGUGCUUGUGGAACGAUGUCCUGCGUGUUCACGCCCAGACCCCCUUCCAUGUAAUGCUCGGUGGGGGUGAUCAAAUCUACAAUGAUGGUAUCCGUGUCAGUGGACCUCUCAGAGAGUGGACGGAUAUUAGCACUCCUCACAAGAGAGAGAAGUACCCAUUCCCGGAGUCUCUGAGGAAGCGAUGUGACGAUUACUAUGUCAACAACUAUAUAAAAUGGUAUUCCAUGGAACCUUUCGCAGGUGCCAAUGGCCAGAUUCCUCAACUCAAUCUAUGGGACGAUCACGAUAUAAUCGAUGGUUUCGGCUCUUACACAGACCAUUUCAUGUGCUGUCCGGUGUUCAGAGGGAUUGGAGGAGUAGCGAACAAAUAUUACCUACUCUUCCAGCACCAUCUCGCUCCCCCAGCUUCCACCUACACAACCGACGCGCCCCAGACCACAGGACUCGAUGCUGUAGGGCUCGACCCAAGACAGCUUGAGAAUACAUAUGUUCUAGAUGAGAAAACCAUCGACUCAAGCUAUAUCAUCGGAGCAAAGCCGGGUCCAUAUGUGGUAGAACACUCCAGAAGCAUAUAUGCCAGGCUCGGAGCCAGAAUAGCUUUCUUUGGGAUCGACGCCAGAACCGAACGAACUCGGAAGCAGGUCAACUAUCCCGAGACGUACGAUAUCAUCUUCAGCCGGUUGCAAAAGGAACUCAGCGCAUCUAAAUCGUCGUCAACUCCCAUCCAGCAUUUGGUAGUCCUGCUGGGAAUUCCUAUUGCCUAUCCUCGUUUGACUUGGUUGGAAAACAUCUUCUCGAGUCCCAUCAUUGCGCCUAUCAAAUUCCUUAACAAACGAUUUGGUUUCGGUGGCAGCUUCUUCAACGCUUUCGAUGGCAGUGUCGAUUUGCUGGACGAUCUCGACGACCACUACACGGCUCGUACCCACAAGAAGGAGCGACUGUUUCUAGUGCGCCAACUUCAAGCACUAGCCUCUGAAUUCUCUGUUCGGAUCACAAUUCUCGGCGGUGACGUCCAUCUGGCUGCCGUUGGAAGAUUCUACUCGAAUCCCAAGCUUGAAAUUCCAGUCGCCAAUGACUAUCGAUACAUGGCUAACAUCAUCUCUUCUGCAAUUGUCAACAAGCCACCCCCGCAGGCAGUAGCGAAUCUCCUUGCUAGAAGAAACAAGCUCCAUCAUCUAGACCAUGAUACAGAUGAGACUUUGAUGAAGUUUUUUGACAAGGAUCCCGGCGAUGUCAGCAAAACUUCCAGCUCAAACAAUGUUACGAUGCCGAGUCGGAACUGGGCGGUCAUCACCGAGAACUCUGGCGGAGCUACGCAGAACACUGGUGCUCAUGGUAAUGAUUCUGCCAACGGAAUAGCCGAAAGAGAAAUCUCGUUGAAAGGGUCAGCUCCCAAGGCAAAAGACGGCCACUCCUGGCUUCACGAGGGCGAAGUAGAUGCCGGAACUCUGCAUAAAGCUGCUGACAGCUCGAAGCACGGCAAGGGUAGCGACGGCAGCCUUGACAUCUGCAUCAGAGUUGAGAAAGACCAGCACGAUAAGGAGGGCCAGACUCAGUCAUAUGGCAUGACUAUUCCAAGCUUGAAAUUUACUGAAGGGAUUUCCGAUCGUAUUAUGAGGAAAGCGCAUGGAGUCGAAGGGAACGCUAAAGAACAUACGCCGGGUCCUGCUUAG